AUGAUUUAGACAAAAUCAAAUAAAAAAACAUUGCGAAUUUUUUAUUUUAUUAUACGAAAAAUUAAUUGAUUACAUUUUAAAUUUAUAUAAAAAUUUAAAUUUCUUUACGAAAAACUAUGCCAUAAUAUUUAUUUACGAAUUAUUAAAUUCCAACGAAUUAAAUCCUAAAAGGAGUUUCAACUAUCUAUUUCAAAAAAUCAUGCUUUCAUCGUCCUACUCCGACAUGAAACACCCAUUCAGCGAUGAACCACGCUAUUGAAAACGGUAUAAAAAUAAGAAUGAUUCAACCCGCAAAGCAAUGAGUCAUCAAAAAUCGGCCACCGACCUGCAAUGCCAACUAAAACCUGGCGUUAAUAAUCACGAAACGAGCUCAUUCACUCACUCUGAAGUCCAAUGCAACGGAAAACAUUCAUCAGCGACCAGCAAAUCUAACAAAAAUAAUGACCCUUCCAAAGUUGGAGAAUUGCAAAAUUCAAAUGGCCACAAUGGUUCGGCAAAGAAUAGUAACCCAUCAAAUAAUAUUUCAAAAGGUAAAGAUACCAGAUUUUUAAACAAUGGAACCAGGGCCAAUGGAAUACACGAACCUAUAAGGAGGCUUCUAGUUGGGUCCAGCCCUAUCACUACCACCAGAAUGUUGAGUUCCGAUGACACAACCUCGCAAGAUGAACAACUGUUAAAUCGCUUAAGUGAUUUAGUCAACGUUACCGCUAUUAAGACUUUCUCUAGCUAUCAUAACAUCAACAAUGAUAAUGUUAGCAAACGAGAUAACACGAAUAAUUCGAUUACCAAUUCAAUGACAAAAAAUAAUACCCCGAACAAGCAAGUAACCAACGGGAAAGAUAUUUUAGUUGAUACAGACGCCUUGUUUGACUCUAUCAGGCGUAAAGGUCCGAUUUUGGAAUGCAGAUAUAAAAAUAAGAUGAACGGACUAUUUUGCAAGAUUAGAAAUAUAGUAAAGCAAGACACCGUCAACUCAGAAUUGCGACUCAAAUUGCUAGAACUAUUAGAGUACAGGGCCACUGCCUGGAAGUUGCAAUCGAAUGGUACCGAAAUUGCCGAUGAAGAAAAGUCUUCGAGUCCGGUUGAGAAAGUCGCGAAAAUUAAUGAACCUAAACUUAAAAUUACAACCUGCAAGAAUUCCAAAGAGAACGAAAACGAACACAAUCAACUAAUAAAUCUUGAUAAUAUCGAUUCGAGUACCUUUUCAAAGAUUCAAGAACAUAACAAAGUUCUGGAAAAUGAUGUUGUUGAGAAAAUGAAGGAUAAGAAGGACCAACAACUACUCGGCACCGAGAAAGAAAAUGGCGCGUUAUGUAAAAGUGUUUCUUUCUCUAACGAAGUAGAGAUGGUGGCCAUUCACGACUAUGAUAUUUUAUUAUCAUUGAAUAAUAAGAUAUCUCUCGUGGGUUUGGAUGAUCUUGAUGGUGUAUUAAAGAAGGAUUUUGUCCCCGAAGACAAAGUGACCGAUAAGGACAUAGAUAUCGUUAAAUUAGGCUCUUCAGAGGAACAGGGGGACUGCGAAAAGGACCAAAGGAUAACUUCCGAUGAUACGCUAAACAUCACGUCGACGGCUAAUAUAAACAAAUAUGCUCUUAAAGAUCAAAUUUACAUUAAAGCCACGGACGCUGGUCGAGUGAUGGGUGUUAAAGGCAAGAGGAUUCAUCAAAUCGAAGAAAUUAGCAACACAAUAAUAUCUUUCCAAAAAGACUUUCAAAAUAAUGAGAGGGAAGUGACCAUAUGCGGCCCAGAGGAAGGAUCUAUAGCGAAUGCUAAGAUUUUGAUCAAGGAGACAAUACGCCGAAAUUCUUCGCCGACAAAAGUAAUGAAUGAAUUUUUAGACACCACCACUUCAUCUAAAAACGAAAAAGAAACCCCAAAACAACAUUACAAUAGCAAGCCUUACCCAGCAUCGCACUUUUUAAGUUCGGCACAUCAUUGCUCGCUAUGUCAUUUCCAUUCAUUUGGACCCCAUUCUCCAUUUUUAUGUUGUGAGGAUGCCAAUAACACCCAUCAGUAUGCCAAUAGAUGGCAUAACGGCGAAAGUCCGAAAUAUUCUCUAGACGAUACUCUGCUGGAAGCUACCGCAAGACGUCGAUUUUUUGAAUUCAGGGAGGGUAAGAAAAUUGAUUGGCGAUGUCAGACUUGUCGAUUAUUCGCAAAUAAUAGUGCGAAUCAAUAUAGCGACGACAAGAUGAAUCAUAACCAUCCCAGGGCUUAUGAUAACCUCAGCAAAACGAACACCUGCCUAGAAAUCCGUGAUCAAAUCAAAUCCGACACAAAACUAGGUGGCGCCGACAAAAAACGCGAGUACGUUUAUUACCAGAGUUUAGAUAUUCGUCCCGAUUACAUUACCCCACCCUACAGCUCACCCCAGAACCUUUACAAUUUUAACCAUCACCACCCUAGCAACCAUAAUCAACAACACAAACUUCCUCACUGUUCAUUUUCGUCGACUGGACUGGGUGGCAACCUAGUAGCUAAUUCAACUAGGGUGCGAGCGGACGUAGAUAGAAUGUGCUCUUCCAUGUAUCACCAAUCUAACAACAAUACCAGAAACGGGCUCAAUUAUUUCGAAGAAGGCGACAACCAUAUUCACGCCUCCCAUUUUUACCACGCUCAUCCAAUCCACCAUAAAUUCAAUAGUCACAUUAAUCAUAAUGGCAAUAUUAAUAAUAAUUUUGAGAGUUUUUACCACGAUAACCGGUUCUUAAACCAUAAUUAUAACCACACGCCAAAUUUUUUCUACCAAGGCAACCACAAACGCGAUCGGAAAGUUAUGUGUUCCCAUAGUUCUUCAUCCGUCUCUUCCAAUAACAACAAUAACAACGGGAGAAGGCUGGUGCGAACCAAAUCAUUUACUUCGUCCACUGCCACCAAUGAGAACAAAAAUAACGACUUCGAUCUCGGUCCCAUAGUUCCAAAGUAUUCCCUCAAAAUAGGCGAAACCAUGUUGACUUUACAAGGAAAACAUUCUGAAAUAUUGGAACUGGCUAAGAAUGUGCUGGAACGUUACUUCGAGGUAUCCAAGAAAGGAAAAGGUGCGGGCGAUGUCGUGUUAAGUAGUGAUACUAGUGGCGAAAAGUGGACUUUGGAUAGCUCCAAAGAAGGGGAUGAAUCAGAAAUAUCUGACAAAGUUUUGCAGAAGCUAGAUUUCGCCAUUUGUCAAGACCAGAAGGAGGCCUUAUUGAUCAAAGCUAAAAGCAAUCAAUUAAAGCGAUCUUAUUCAUUUCACCAUAAUCAAACUGUUGGCAUAGGACGUAAACCUUGGAUGGGAAAGCAAGGCCACAAUGAAGCCGAAUAUUUUCUAAACGCAUCUUUGGAAAGGCCAAAUAAGAAACACCCUGUUAAAGACGAAAAGGAAAAGGAAGAAGAUAUAAUAAUUCCUCCUAUCAAGAAGUACCAAGUUGGGAUAUCCAAAGAUCCUCACGUUAAACCGGUGCCCAAAGAUGUCACUCGAAUAGCUUACACCCGAGAUUUUAUGAUAAAAUGCGCUUUCUCACCAUUUGCCCGAGUGACGCCCAAAGAUUUACCAAAAUUAUCGAAAGAUGUUCCCUUCCUGAUAAGGGCUGUCCCGCAGGACCCCACCUUCUACCUUAAGCCUCAGCCGUCGCCAUUUCACUCCUCGUCUGCUCACCUGCACAAUAAAGCAAAUAACGGAGGCCAUCCAUCUUCAAACAAGUAUAAUUCAUCUAGCUCAGCCGUACAAGGUGUUUUUCCAAGCCACAUAAAUGCCCCGACUCAGCCUCUCAAUCAGGGUUUCUUAUAUCUGAAUAGUAGCUCGCCGGUUGGAAACGACCUCGUCGAUCACAAACACCACCCUCACCAACAACAUAUUAUAGGACACUCAAGUGGAGGGGGCAUUAUUUUAUCAACCCCGCCUCCCAUAUCCUAUCCCCCAUUUUUUCCACCCCACCCACCCCCUACAUUUAAUAAGCAGAGCGUUGUGAGUAACGUUAUUGAUCAUCAAUCCUUGCUGGGAUUGCCACCCUUUAGAUAUCCACCCCCUCCAUCAUCUUCUGGACUGCUUCCCUCGUUUUAUAAAUAACAAUUAAGAAUCAUCUAUCCUAAUUUUAACGAAAUGGUUACAUUAUAUAUGUACACUGUACAGUAGUUUUUGUUAGAAAGUAUUCAUUUAUUAAUUUUAACUUGAUAUGAUAAAAAAAUAAUUUUAGUUUUUAUUAUUUAAAAAAAAUAUUGACCUUUUCAAAUCAAAAUAUAAAUCUUAAUAAACCAUGAAUACCGCAAAUACCGGGUUAGUAUAUUCUCGUUUUAUAUAUUUUUAAUCUACAUAUAAGCUAAUUUUGGUUUAAAUUUUAUUAGACCGUUUUUUAUGUAUAUAAAUUUGAACUUUUAUAUAUAAUUGACUCAAAAUCCUAUUUAUACAAAUUUUUGAUAUAUAAUUUAAAAAAAGAAAUUUAAAAUAUAAAAUGAAUCAAAUCUCAAAUACCCCCCCCCCUCCCCACACCCCCACCCUUAUUUGUUUUAUAACAUAUUUUCUCUUGUUCAAAACUCGAAAAUUUUAUUUUCCACGAGUAUGUAUAAUUGAACGAGUUCAAUACCCAAUUUUUUUUUCAAUUUAUUUCUAUAUUACUUUUUCUACAUGUACAUAUCAACGAAUUAUUAUCCGAUUAUAACAAAUAAAAAUAACGCACGCAGUUCUUCCAACACUUGUAAUUUAAAAAACAAUAUUUUAAAUAUAUUUUGAUUAUUUAUAGCCAAUUAUUUAUUAUU